UGGACUUCCAGUAGAUACAUCAAGAUAGAUAAAAAAUGAGAUUAGUUAGUGGAUAUUUCAACCUACGGGACAGAUCAUGUAUCUUUUUUGCAAUUAUACUAUACUUAUUCAACUUGGCAUUAGGAUAUGAAGAAUGUUCUCACAAAAACCUUAAAGUAUUCGAAGAUGAAUUGGAAUUUCCAUGCAGGGAACGAGAGGAUUCAAAGGCUAAAUCAGUACUCGGGGAUGCUUUGAAUCAGUUGCAUAUAUUUAAUAGCUUCUUAAACAAUAGCGUAAUUAAACUGGAAGCGUUAAGUGAGCUCCCACCAGAAUAUAUAAAAGAUGGAAGAAGUUGCUCCAAAGUUGACACUAUGCUAAGGCGGCUUGAAAAUGAAAAGAAGGUGCGAGUUUUCUACAACAUGUUGAAAAGGAUCGGCAUUCAUGUUUACCAUGUUUUCACUAGAAUCCCCGAAGGACUAUUUUAUAAACAUAGAAAAAGCCUUUACGAAGAGUUGCUUUGCAACCUUAAACUAGUAACGUGUGAGUUUAAGGGUAUUCAGACCAGAGAUCAAAAAGAUAGGCAUUUACCUUCUCUUUCGCUGUGUAGUAAGAAAAUUGGAGAAUGGAUAUUUGACUAUCAAACUUUUACUAGCCUGCAACUAUUUUUUACAGACAGUUAUGAAAUCCUUCAUGACGUAUACAAGUAUGACAAUACCAUACUUUUAGAUUAAACCGACUGAUAAUAUUACGCUUAAUUGAAGACCUCAGAUGAAGAAUAGAAAUCAUAGAAAAAAAUGAUGAUAUUCUUCAUCCUUAAGUUAUACAAGGAGAAAUACUUUGCACCGCUAAUACAAACUUAUAUCAUAGUUUUAUGCAAGUAACACACCAAUGCAGUGACGAGUGAGCCAUUUGGACACAUUUUUUCAAAUAUUUUGAUAUUGUUUCUGGCACAAUAUAUAUAUAUAUAUCUGUGAUUUAUCUGUUUAAAUUAGUUUAUUUAAUUUAUUUAUC